CCUAAACUGGGCAAGGCAGAGGCAGAGCGCAAUCUUCUCUAGGACGCUGUUGCCAACUUUGGAGCUCUGCGCUGAGUUUCCAAGUUUGCCAGGCAGGCAGGCAAGGGGUUAAGGCAGGGCUCGUCGGCUCCAGUGGUGGCACCUGUCAGUGGGAGGGAGCUAGUGAGGAGAGGGAGAGAGGGAGAAAGAAAAGAGCGAGGGACUGGAGUGAGUUUUGCCAGAGUCUCCGGCAAAGCAGGGAGCAGACAGGAGGCAGCCCCAUGGAGCUCUCCAACUGCAGAGGUUGAGAUAGUGGGGCUGUUCCUGCUUCCCUUAUUUUUCUGUUUUGCCCAUCCAUGCCUGGCUGGAAGGAGGCGGCCAGAUGGAACCUGGAAAGGGGAGAUCCUAGGAAGCCAGAGGCCAGAUUAUAAACAGCAGCAGCAGCAGCAGCAGCAGCAGCAGCAAGGAAGCACAACAGAUUUAGCCAGAUAUCGAUAAGAGGAGGGGAAAGGAGGAGGAGAGGCUGAAAAGAAAAUGCAGCUGACACGGUGCUGUUUCAUAUUCCUCAUCCAAGGGAGCAUCUAUCUGCUGGUGAUUUGUGGCCAAGACGAGGCAACGGAGGAAGAGGAGGAGGAAAGUGGGAAGUCGCCCAAAGAGCAACCAAGAUCCCGGGUACAAAAGAAAAAAGGCCAGCUCUCCUUGAAACCUUCUGCAGCCCAAUCUCACUUCCAGAACACCAGUCUCCUGGAGUUGGCCUCCAACAACGCCCAAGAGUUUUGGGACGUCUUAGAGAGCUUGUCCAAGCACAGCCAGGGCGUGCAGCCCCGCGGCCGGAGGGACUCCAUCGGAAACCCCGGACGGCUCAAGAAAAUAUUUGGCUGGGGUGAUUUCUACUCCAACAUUAAGACGGUAAAGCUGAACCUCUUGAUCACAGGGAAAGUGGUCGACCACGGGAACGGCACGGUCAACGUCUUCUUCCGGCACAACUCCACCGGGCAGGGAAACAUCUCCGUCAGCCUGGUGCCCCCCAACAAAGCUGUGGAGUUUGACCUCGAACAGCAGAUCUUCAUCGAGGCCAAAGAAUCCAAGAUCUUCAACUGCCGGGUGGAGUACGAGAAAGUGGACAAAGCCAAGAAGACCACCCUGUGCACUUAUGACCCUUCCAAAACCUGCUACCUGAACCACACGCAGAGCCAGGUCUCCUGGGUUUGCUCCAAGCCCUUCAAGGUCAUCUGUAUCUAUAUCACCUUCUACAGCAUAGACUACAGGCUCGUGCAGAAAGUGUGUCCCGACUACAACUACCACAACAAUGUUCCUUAUUACCCCUCCGGGUGACCAUGUACCUUUCCCAUCUCAGAAGCGUCCUGUAUCCCAAGUACAACUUUGAUUUGGGGUUGGGCGAGGAAGGAAGGGGGUGGGGCUGCAAGCAGAGAGGAGGACCUCUGCAGCACCAGACACAGUGGCAAAGCCUCCAGCAUCUGCUGAAAGGCAGGGGGGUUCAGGGGGGAGUUUGAGAGCCCCCAAGCAAGCAUACCAUCCUGGAAACACCUUUCCCACCCGCUCACCUGUCCGCCAGCUUUCAUGCAUUCCGGGCUAGCCCAAAACAUGCAAAUGCUCCAAGUGGGAAACCCAAGCUGCGCUCCUGCCCUCGUCCCUACUGCUUAACAAGUGGGACAUUUCCUCCCAGUAAGAGAUUCUGCUGUGUGAGCCUCAAAUGGGGCUUGCGCAGGAGGAAACUGCUCCCUGCUCCCAGAGCAAGGCACGGCCUCUCCGUUCCUCAGCCAGUGGGUGUCGUGGUCUUGUUGCUGAGCAACAACGUGCAGAGCUUAGGGGAGUGGGAGACCAGCCAACCAGAAGAGUCUCUUAGAGGGAAUUUGCCUGGAGGCAGAGUCAGCAUCCAAAGUCAGGUCCAGUCCUAGGGUUGGGAGAGCAGCAAUCCACGUGGUCAGACGGUCCAGGGGUCAGGAAACCCAAAGAUCAAGGGUCAAGAUGAGCAACAAGGCAGGGCCAGGAACUACAAGUGUUGUUUCCGGCACCUGACUGCUGCUGGAAGCUCUGCUGAAGAAGGCUGAAGCCAGCUGGUUCUCAUCAGCGCCUUCUCCUGUGUCCUGGAAGGCUGGUCAGCUGCAGAUGGAGUCACUCUGCCUUCUCCCCCUUCAGGCUGCUGUUCAGCAGGUGAAGCUGGCUCCUGGCCCAUGAUACUGGGCAGUGGGAGGGCGCCCAGCUCCAGCAAAGGGGACACUUAGGAGCUCACUUUAAGCUCCUUCAAAGAUACAUCCACCCCACACCUGAAAUCACAUAUGAUGUCAGAUGUAGGUUGGAUGGGCAUGGUUUCAAGGAGAAUCGACUUGCAGGCCAAAUUGGGAUUCCUGGUGAGCCACAACUGGCCCAUGGUCAGAGGUUCAUCACCCCUGGAAUAAAGGAUGGAUCAGAUCACUUAGUCUGCUGACCAUAAUGGCUCCCAAAAGACAUCACUUCGGGCUUCAUGUCCCUCCACCCACUGGAUUGGAAACAGGAAAAGUGGAUUGAAUUACUAGAACAUUUCGGGUUCCAAAAGGGCCCUUGCUGAAUCAUACACUGCCCUUUCAGUUCCCUGGUAUAUAGAUGGGAGAGCCUGGCUUCCCCUUCUUUCCCCCAUUUAAUUGUCCCUAAGCCGCCCCCCUCCUCUGACCUUGUUAUGGCCAAGUCCUAGCUACCUUGACGGGUAAAGUUUUCUAGCAGAGGCCUCUGAAUAUAAUUUAUCUGCUUCUAUAGAAUAUCCAUCAAGCAACCAAGGGCUUGGGGGCAAGGAGCAGUGCAGGAAACAAAUGCGACCCAAAUAAAUUAGUAGCGCUGUCACUCCAUUUAGAAGAAAUCUCAGUUUGUUUAGUACGAGGAACUUAAAACAAAUGGUCGGCAUUUGCAUAAAGCCAAGUGGGACGGAGGCACUGAAAGGUGGGGCGGGGAUCACAGCGCUCUAACUCAGAUCUAUCACCCCCCGGGGGCCCGGAAACCCCAAAUCUAAUUUCCGUGGUGAUGAGAAGAAAGCAAGGAGGAAGCCAGCUCCUGAUUCUGCAUCCUCAUGCUGUGCUGGCGAGUUGGCAAUUUCCACUUAAACGAAGGCAUAUGCUUCCUCCUUUCUUAUGCCUACCAGAGAGUAUGCCUUUUCAAGAUUUUGCCACCCUCCUCCAUUGCUGCUGGGUGAUGUUGCACAGACCACAGCAAACACCAUCUAAGGUAAAAGGUAAAGGACCCCUGGACGGUUAAGUCCAGUCAAAGGCAACUAUGGGGUUGCAGCACUCAU